GGCCAUUUUUUCUACAAAACGCCGUGAUUUGGAAUCAAAGUUCAAUUGUUCAUCACCACUUCAAAUUCAAGAAGAAGAAAUGUCUCGGUUUAAUGGAUCUCCCCCUCCUUACUCGGAGAAACCGGGGGACUUUGACGAAAAAUAUGAAUCCAGCCGAGUCAAUGGGGACAAACCUUCGGACAAGGGUGAAACAAACGAUAAAAAGAGAUCUACCAAGGGACAAGAAGCCAUUCAGAUGAAUGGAUAUGAAAACAAAGGAUUCGACAGCACAGGUGAAAAGCUGGAAAUUUCUCCUACAGAAGAGGAGGAAGACCCAUGGGCACUACCCGAGCUUCAGGACACAGGAAUUCCAUGGGACGAGUUGGACUUUGGUGGCAAAGUUCUCCGAGUUGUAUGGACGAUCGUACGAGUUAUUCUCUUCCUGACAUGCCUGUACGUCUUCUUCUGCUCACUGGAUUUUCUGAGUUCUGCUUUUAAACUUCUCGGAGGUAAGGCUGCUGGCGAGGUGUUUCGAAGUAACGUUGUCUUGCGGAACCCCGUGUGUGGGGUAAUGAUCGGAGUCCUUGCUACAGUCUUAGUACAGAGUUCUUCCACCAGUACAUCUAUUGUGGUCAGCAUGGUGGCAGCCGGCAUUCUGAACGUGGGUGAAGCGAUUCCAAUUGUGAUGGGCGCCAACAUCGGAACCUCGGUUACCAAUACCAUUGUCUCUUUGGGACAAAUCACGGACGUUUCGGACUUCCGGCGGGCGUUUGCCGGGGCCACGGUCCACGACAUGUUUAACUGGCUGGCUGUUAUAGUUCUGUUGCCUUUAGAGCUCAUCACCGGGUACCUUUAUUAUCUGAGUGGCCUAACUGUAGACAGCAUGCACCUACAAACGUAUGAAGAUGCCAACAAAGACCUGUUAAAGACGAUCACCAAACCUUUUACUAAAAUGAUCGUUGAAGUCGACUCCAAACAGAUUAACAAAAUCGUCACUGAUGGAAAAGAGGUCGAUAGUCUUCUUAAAACGUGCUGCAAAUCGAAAACGAUCACGCAAAUGAAUGCUACUGGUUUUGAAUACGAGGAGAAAAUUUGUGUAAAAAAUUGCACGCAUGUUUUUAUGGAUUCUGGCCUAACAGACGCCGGCAUUGGAAGCAUUAUGUUAGUCGUUUCCCUUGUUCUACUCUGCAUUUGUCUCUUUGGUAUUGUCAAGAUUUUGAACUCCCUCCUAAAAGGAAAUAUCCGUAAAGUCAUAAAGAAGUUCGUAAACUAUGAAUUUCCCGGAAAAGCCGCCUAUUUUACUGGUUACAUCGCCAUUUUGAUUGGCACUGGCCUUACCAUUUUGGUUCAGUCCAGUUCUAUUUUUACCUCCACUAUGACGCCAUUGGUGGGCGUUGGUGUGAUAAGCAUCGACAGGAUGUACCCUUUGACCCUUGGCUCCAACAUUGGAACUACCACUACCGGAAUCUUGGCAGCUCUGGCGACUGACACUUCAGAUGGCGUAGAGCACCUUAAAAAUUCCCUUCAAAUUUCCAUGUGUCAUCUGUUUUUCAACCUAAGUGGCAUUAUUUUGUUUUAUCCAGUGAAAUUCAUGCGAUUUCCUAUUCCACUAGCAAAAUUCCUUGGCAACACAACUGCUAAAUAUCGUUGGUUCGCCAUCUUUUAUUUGUUUAUGAUGUUCCUCGUCUUCCCGCUGUUCGUGUUUGGAAUCUCUCUGGCUGGAAUUGAAGUCCUGGCCGGCAUUGGUAUACCCUGCCUCUGUGCUCUCGUCAUAAUAGGCAUCAUUAAGGUGCUCCAGAACAAAAAACCAGAAUGGCUUCCAAAAAAGCUCCAAACCUGGAAGUUCCUUCCCGUUUACUUCCGGUCUCUAGCGCCAUUAGACAAACUUGCGUCUAAACUUUGCGGUUGUUGUAAAAUGUGCAAAAAAGAGGACAAUCCUAAAGGAGAUGUUGAAAAACAAUUAAACACUAAAUUGUGAUGCUCUGGUUUGAAUGUAUUUUUACCUCUUUAAAAGUCUUACUAAUUUGAAAAAAAAAAUCAAACCGCCUUGUCGCACGACUGUAAAUGGCAAAAAUAUUGGUUCAAUACAAAACCACAGAAAGCAAUUAAAGAAUGUGUUCAAUGUUAAAUUGAAAAUAUCUGUCUAAAUCCAGAGAGAGAGAGAGAGAGAGCGCGAGAGAGAGAGUUUUAACACCCCUGACGUUUCUUACAAAAACAUUUACACAUGACGAAAAGAACACCAGUUGUUUUUGAUUUUUCAUUUUCCUUCAACGAGGCUGUGAUAUGAAUGUUUUCUUUCAAGGAAAGAAUCCCUUAAUGUAUAUUGUGUAUAUUAUAUUUUUAUGCUGUUUUGACGCACUUUGAAAUAUAUAUUUGUAAUAUUGUUAUAUUAAAAUGCUGUUUUAUAUUUCCUUA